AAAGUGGGAAUAUCUUAUUUUUUAUAUAUAUUUUUUAAAAAAAUAUCUAUAUUUUUUUGUUGAUUUUUUAUGAUUUUUUGAACUAUGAAGCAUUUGCAAUUUGUGCUCGUCCUGGCCAUCGCGGUCAACGUGUGGGAAUGUGGAGACGCAAAAUUCGGCGAGAGGGGAGAACUCAGCCCCAGGCGGAGAAGAUGUUACGACGGAAGCUUGCCCAAGCGGCUGAAGAAAAGGGAGCGAAAAGUGUUGCUUGACGGCAGCAGCAGCGGAGAAGUUUGCCACAGGUUGUACCCCCGUGUGUCCUGCUGUCCCACCAGGAGAGCCGCCUAUCAGAUCCUGCACCGCAGGGAUGCCAGGAUUUUCUCCACCAACAACACAGAAUGUGGACGUCUCCUGGAGGAGAUCAAGUGUGCUCGCUGCUCCCCCAAUGCCCAGGUGUUGUUCCACUCCCUGGACAUGGAUAAGAUGCCACACAGGGAGCCAGACCUGCCGCGGCUCUGCCAGGACUUCUGCCGCGAGUUCUACUACACCUGCAGGGGGCACAUACCAGAACUGUUCCAAGCCGAUGUGGAUGAGUUCUGCCAAUACUAUGGGAGGAGAGAUGCCAGUCUGUGCUUUCCAGAUUUUCAACGAAGGCAACCACAAGGGCAAGACUCCAACUACUUGGGAGAUGAGAAAAUUGAAGAUAUCAGCACCAGGAAACACAAACACAACUGCUACUGCGCCCAGGAGGUGUUGAGUGGUCUCAGGCAGCCGGUGGCCGUGGUGCACUGUGGGGAUGGAUCCCAGCGGCUCUUUGUCCUGGAGAGGGAGGGGAUUGUCAGGAUACUCAACCAUGACCUGGAGCUAAUCAAGGAGCCUUUCCUGGACAUCCACAAGCUGGUGCAGAGUGGCCUGAAGGGUGGAGAUGAAAGGGGCCUGCUAAGCCUGGCAUUCCACCCCAAUUACAAGAAGAAUGGCAAGCUCUACGUCUCCUACACCACCAACCAAGAGCGCUGGGCCAUCGGACCGCACGACCACAUUCUCCGUGUGGUUGAAUACACCGUUUCGAGAAAAAACCCAAACCAGGUUGACACCCGGACUGUGAGGGUCCUGAUGGAGGUGGCAGAGCUGCACAGGAAGCAUCUCGGCGGCCAGCUUCUUUUCAGCCCUGACGGUCUGUUGCACAUCAUCCUCGGGGACGGCAUGAUCACCCUGGACGACAUGGAGGAGAUGGAUGGACUCAGUGAUUUCACAGGGUCCGUCCUGAGGGUGGAUGUGGACACGGACUGCUGCACAUCGCCUUAUUCCAUACCGCGGAACAACCCGUACUUCAACAGCACCAACCAGCCACCUGAAAUCUUUGCCCAUGGAUUACAUGAUCCAGGCAGGUGUGCAGUGGAUCGGCUUCAGAUGGACAAUGGGAGUUUCCUGAUCCUCUGCACGGAUGCCAGUGGCAAAAAUGCAACAGCAGGAAGAAUACUGGAGAUUACGAAGGGGAAAGAUUAUGAAAAUGAGCCAUCUGUGUAUGACCUGCAGUCCAGUGGAGGAGCACCACCCGUGGGGGGCUUCAUCUACAGAGGCUGCCAGUCCAGAAGACUUUAUGGCAGUUAUGUGUUUGGAGAUAAAAAUGGCAACCUGCGGAUCCUCCAGAAAUCUACAUUGUCAACGCCAGGAAGCAGCGAACAGUGGCAGGAGAAAGCUCUGUGUCUCGGCUCGGCUGGCUCCUGUGGCUCCAUGCUUGUGGGGCACAUCUUGGGUUUCGGAGAGGAUGAACUGGGUGAGGUCUACAUCCUGGCAAGCAGUAAAAGCAUGGCGCAGUCACACAGUGGGAAACUCUACAAGCUGGUGGACCCCAAAAGGCCUCAUGCCCCUAAGGAGUGCCAGCGUCAGGUGGAGCCUCCAGAGCUGCUGAUGACAGCUUGUUCCAGACAGUGUAAGAACGGACACUGCACUCCUACUGGCAAGUGCUGCUGCAGCCCCGGCUGGGAGGGACCGCUCUGCCGAGUUGCCAAAUGUGAACCAGCCUGCCGCAACGGAGGGGUGUGUAUGGAGCCCAACAAGUGCCUGUGUAAGAGCGGCUACUCUGGGGCCCAGUGUGAGAAGAGCGAGGGGGGUAUGCCCAACGACCAGGAGAAAGACGGCAUACUGGACCACAUCAUCGACAUGACCUCGUACAUCCUGGACCUUACCAGCUAUAUCGUAUAGGGGCGCGCAGAGGGGGGCUGCUCCCCGCUGUCAUCCUCAAGUUGACACAAAUCUACCUACCACCACCAGCAGACUCUAACGAGGUGUCCUUAAUAUGGCCUCUUUAUCUCCCUCACACCCACGCAGGCAUGUACAUACAUACACACAGACACACACACGCAGUACACACACACAGGAUCCCGUCAGACUGCUCAUCAUCCUCAUCAACAAACACUUCCUCUUUCGCCUAUAAGCUACUUGCUCUUGAGCACCAGGCCUGGCAUCCAAGCCGUGUUCACUGACCUGCAGACAGCAAGCGAGAUGAUUGACAAGCAUGGCCAAGUUAUGGAAGUUCCACUAAGACAUUUUUCUCGUGAAGUUCAGAAAAAAAAAAAAAGAGACUCGCACACUCCACAGGAACAGGAACUCCACAGGAACAGACCAUAUUAACUGAAGACUUUGGAUCUUUUCAGGGGCUAUCUGUCACCUUUUCAAGACCCCUCAAAAAAAUGGUGUUUGAGGCAUCUCAGUGGAGACAAUUGAUCGGCCAGGGGUUCUUUAAGGAUUCAAAAUUGUAUAGAGUGGAGUGGCUCAGGAUCCAACUUAAUAAUCGUCUACACACAGACGUUGAAGGAACACUCUGCACCUCUGCCUCGGUUAUCAAAAGCUGAGAAGUCAACGAGAGUCACAUAGAGCCUGCAGUGCUUUGUGCUAUUCUAUUCUAAAGGCACUAAUACAAGAGAAAUGUGUUCUCACUUAUGAUGUUGUAUUUAGUUUGUGGGCACAUUGUCAAAAAAAAAAAAAAAAACUAUAACAGUAUACAGUACGUAUACUUUGUUUUGCAUCACUCACUUGCUACCAAUGUACAGAAUGGAUCGACAACAGAACGACCGAGUGAGAACAUUCAAAGCCAGUUUUCAUACAAUCUGAACGGAGUGAUCGGCUCCCAUGCACUGUAUUCAUUUUUUGUUUCAUUCACUUUAUUAUUCAAAAUGAAUUUGUCUUUAAAAAAAAAAGAAAAAAAUCGCAAUGAGAGUAGUUUCACACUCACACACAUACAGUACAUACCACGCUGCCACAGGUAUGGUCUAACAAACUCCUUUCAUUGCGUCACACACUGAACCUGAACUCAAAAAAAAAAAAAAAAACUACAAAGGGAAAGAGAUUGCGAAGCGGUGAUGUAUAUUUCCAAUAGAGCUUACCUAAGUACUACUUAGCAUUGCAAAAAACAAAAAAAACUAUAGCAUACUAUUGUUAUCAUAGAGGAGGGUUUAUUUUUUUAAGCGUAAUAAUAUAUGGGAGAGAAUGGUGUUUAUAGAAAGCAGUUUUACACUAAGCUUGUCAGUUCAUGUCAUUUCAUGUUCUUGUACUUAUAUAUAUAUGCAGCUUUUUCCUCUGUUAAGAAAGACACGCGAGGUGCAUAAAAGUAAU